CUAUCCCUUUUCUCUGGUGUCGUUUCUCCCUAAUCGACAAUCUCCAUCUUCUCUCAGCACAAAAUUCCCAUUAUCCAGCAAAACAGCACUCACUUUGGCUUCCGAUUGACUGGAGUAAAGCUCGAUCGAAUCCCUCCGAAGGAAUCGAUCUCCAGAGUUCCAUUUCCGGUUAUGAGAAGAACUCCAGAAUCAGAUUUCAGCGGCUGGCCUCGAUUGGCGAGCCAGCAGGGCUUCUUAGUGUCCGAUUUGUACCUAAUCGAGAGUUUGUAGAGUGUGAAUCUCACUGAAUUAAUCAAAAUGUAUGGAAAGAAAGGGUGCGAGUUAGUGAAAGAACUUGCAGACGGCGAACCUGGGCAGCUUGCAGCGUACAAUGCAAGAGUCCUUUCAACCUAUAUUACAAUUUGUUAUUCUGUUGCUGCAUUUGAUUUACUACUUUCAUCUGUUAUUGUUUUUAACGUUUACUGAAUGGAGAGGUGAAAUAUAUACUUUGUGAUGUGCAUCAAGAUUUUGCACAGGUGUUCUUUAAUUUUAUGUUUUCACUUCUUGCAUCAUACUACCCUUUUGGUGGUUUUUUUAUUCAGAUUUUGAAGACAAUUUAGAGUCAAUGUUUUUUCCUUUAUUUAGAUGUUAAAUACCUUCGAUGUUUUAUGAAUUGGGUUUUUUCCGUUCUUAUGCAGAAUGAUCUAUUUUCUCAAGUAGUUGAAGAAUGUAACAGCCAUUUCCUUCACCUACGAUCCCUGAUGAGCUCUACUUCAUUUGAAAAUUCAAGUAGUCAACAACCAUCUGAUGAUGCUGAUUACUAUGGUUUGCUGGUUCACCACCAGUCUCUGAUCCGCAACAAACGAUGUCUCAUGGCUUAUGUAUACAACCGCUCAGAAAUUAUUCGCAGUUUGAGUUGGACCCUUGAGCCUGUACUCCCUGAACAAAUCGAGGAGAAGCUUAGCAAUUCUGAAAAGGAAUAUUUCAAGAAUCACUCUGCAACCCUACAAUCAUACAUGGCAGAACUUGAUCUGGACUUGGGUGUGGAUAUGGUACCACCCAAAGACCCCUACAUCAAAGUGAGGGUCCUUGAUGACAUCGGUACUGUCACGCUCAGUGAUCAGUUUGCUAAUUUGGCUCUCCAUGCGAUUCUUUUUCUUAGGAGAACUGAUGCCGAGAAGUAUAUUGCACAGGGUUUAAUGGAGGAGCUCACAAGUUGAGUAGAGUUUUUUUUAUUCAUUGUUGGAUGAGCUCAUAAGGAGGUGAUUACCAAUUCUAAAUGGGUUCAACACUGUAAUGCAUUAACUAAUACAAGGCAGCAUCCCAAUAGAUUGUGGAGUAAUAUGUACCACAGAAUGGUUCUUGUGGUUGCCAUAAGCCCUGAUGAUGAACUCUCAUUUAAGACCCCAAUAUCUCAUUGAUGACAAAUUUUGAAGAAAAGACAGACGACCAGCUGACGUUCAAAGUCGCAGAGGGAAAAAAAUGUGAUGUAUUUACUAGCUGAAACAGUUUUGUUAGAGAAAGAAAAGAGAACAUUUUUGUAUGUUUAUUUUAUUCUCCAGACUAUAAUAUUAAAGAUAUUUUUACUUC